AUGAUCCUCCGACGCCCGCUCCUCCACGCCUCGACGGCCGUCGUGUCCGCGCCCAGGACCUGCGUGCGCAAGCUGCAGCACUCGAUCCCCAUGCGGCCCGUCCCCAAAGCGACGCCCUUCAUCCCCGACACCGCCGCCUUCCUGACCGCCAUCGGCCGCGGGCUGUCGGCGCACGCCACCAAGAUCCCCUCGUGGGACGCCCUCUUCACCCUCACCUCGCCGCAGCUGAAGGAGCUGGGCAUCGAGCCCGCCCGCUCGCGCCGCUACCUGCUGCACUGGCGCGACAAGUUCCGCAACGGCGAGUACGGCGUCGGCGGCGACUGCCAGCACGUUGCCGACGGCGUCGCCGAGCUGGCCGUCGUCGAGGCCCCCGUCGCCCCGAACCCGCACCUGGGCAACUCCAUCAGCCCGCGCGCCGCCAGCCCCACGGCCACACACACCCCCGGCACCCGCCGCCUCGUCGUCAACGUGCCCCCGCGCCACGCCCCCGCCGCCCCGCUCGCCGCCCUGCGCCCCGUCCACGGCGUCCUGCUCAAGGGCGCCAAGACCAUCAAGGGCAGCUACGUCGAGCCCCUCAAGGGCAGCGACGGCCUGCGCGCCCGCAUACGCCUGCAGGAGGGCAUGUGGGAGCACACGCGCGGACACAAGGUCGACGGCGGCGAGCGAAGGAGGGCCGAGGUCAGGGCGAAGCGGAGGGCCGCCGAGAACAAGGAGAAGGCGAGGUAG